GUUCUCGUACGCGAUGCUCCUCGUCGCUUACUUAAAUAAUAAAAUAAUAAAUCAGGACUACGGGUGCAGGACUUUUACAAACGCGACUAUGGACGGGGGACUUUAUUUUAUUUAUAUAUUUUAAAUAUUUAGUCAUGAAUUUUUGAUAGACAGGAAAGAAUUUUUUAUCGAUAUUCAUGAUAAAUUUUACUUAUAUUGUACUCAUAUAUUAUUCUGCCAAGUCUCGAGCAUUAUUUUUUUACGGAUAAUUUUUUACAAAAUGAAUAGACAAUGAGGAUAAAUUUUAACGUCAAUGAAUUUAUUAUUACGGCAACUGAUCGCUCGCUGGUCUUUGGAUAAAAUAUAUCUCGAGGUUUAGUACUCGGGUAUUAAAUUUUAAAAUUAAAUUUUUAUGUAUAGAUAUAAAUAAUUGUUGAUUUUAAUAAAAAUGGAUUUUAAAAAUAGAGAUUUAGAAUAUUAAUUUUUCUUUUUGAAAAAAAAAAUGUAAAACUUUUUCCUCUUGAUUGGAUCGAUAGCCAGUGGAUUAAAGAGAAAUAUGUACGAGUAUUAUUGCUGACACGUGUCAAAGAAUGUAGAUACGAUUUUUUUUAUUAAAAUGCAUAAGAAUUAAUCCGUAAUAAAUCUGUCAAAAAUCGUUAAUGAAAUAGUUAAAUAAUUUAUGCAGUGAAUAAUAUAAAUAAAUAUUUAAUUUAAAAAGAUAGAGCGUGAGUAUUUAAGUGAAUGUGUUGGUUAAAGAUUUAUCACUUGUGUCGCUGGAUCUACUUGUGAAUUUUUAGUACAAAAGUGCGCGGUAUUAUUUUUUAUUAACACGUUAUUUAUGACUGUCGCCGUAUAAAUAAAUAAAUAAAUAAAUAAAUAAAAUCAAAGUGAAUUUAUGAGCAACAAAAUAAAUAAUUUAAUUAAAAAUACACAGUAGCGUUGAAUGAAAAAACAACAAAAUUUAUUAAAUUAUUUGAAAUAUUUAUUGCUUGUUAAGUGGUCGCUUAGUUGUAAAUAAAAAAGUAUUUUUAAGUAGUAAAUUUAUGCUAGAUAUAUGAAAAGCUUUAAUAUACAGUGAACGUCAUCAAUAUUAUAGAUUAUAUAUAUAUAUAUAUAGAGAGAGAAUAUUUAUAAUCGAUCGGGCGUUGCAAAGUGAUUAAAAUAUUUGCAUAAUGGCAUAAGAUGAAAGGAAGUAUUUAGAAGAUUAAAAAGUAAUAGAAGUAAAAACGUGGGAAUAAAAAUAAUGAAAAAAUAAAAAUAAUUCGGGUAAUAGAGUGAAAAAUAAUAAUAAAAAAAAAAAAGUUAAAUUUCAUGAAUAUUAAUGUGUGAAUAUAGGAAGCGUUAAUUAAAUUGUGCAUAGGUUGACAAUGGCUACGUCACCGACUCUGAGUAUCGCGGGCACGAGGGCCAGAGCCGCGGCAUUGCUCGCCACAACCGCCACCGGAACAGGAAGUACUGAUAGACGUGUUGUUUUUAUUGCCAGUUCGCCCGGUGCUAGCAGUCAUGACACCAGGACUUGGCCGCAUAAUUGGACACCCAGUACGACUGGAAGUAAUUAUAGGAUAUCAGAAACUUCGCCGCACACUGAGUACAAGCUGAGCGUUUUCUGUAAUUGCAGAAUGUCUCGGGGGCAGGCAAACUGGUCAGACGAUCCCGAAGACACCAACGGCAUUGCCAGACAAAGUCAGCCUGGCCAGUCGACUCAGCCAACUCAGCCAAUUCAGCCGCCUCAGCCAAGCAGUUCCACGAGAGCAUGCACACCUCAGCACACCGAUCAACAUCUUCCACACACCUACGGUGGGUUCAAAUUCGGCCUAUACGGAUGGCGAAAAAGAUGCCUCUAUUCACUAGUCCUCGGUCUUAUGAUCAUGGUCAUCUUGAACCUCGCACUCACACUCUGGCUGCUUAAGGUCAUGGAAUUCAGUUCGGAAGGCAUGGGCUCGUUAAAAAUCGUACCAGGCGGCAUCGAACUCAGGGGCCAGGCCGCUAUUCUGGACGCUCUCAUUGCCUCAAGUGUAAGAUCAAGAAAGGGGAGGAAUCUUGUGCUCGAAUCAUGGAGCAACUUUACAGCCUCUGCCAGAGCUCGCGAUGGCCGACUCUUGGCACGAUUUACACUCAGCGAAGAUCGAGUAGACUGCGUAUCAAAAGGCUUCCGGAUAACGGAUCCCAGAGGCGGUGUGCUUUUCUCAGCAGACCGAGACCAAGUUGUCGUAGGGGCUGCGACCUUGAAAGUAACUGGGGUCGGGGGUGCUGUCUUUCGUGGAAGUGUGCAGACUCCAUUGGUGCGAGCCGAGCCCGGGCACAGUCUGAGGCUAGAGUCAGCAACGAGAGCACUUGAGAUAAAAGCACCGGAGCGAAUAGUAAUAGAAUCAAGGGCAGGUGAAAUCUUAGCAUCCUGUCUGUUGGACCUGACGCUUCAGAGCAUCGAGGGCGCUAUCAGACUCGAUGCUAAAUCAGUCUUCCUGAAGGAUCUCAAAGUGGGGACGCCCGUGCAGAGACACUCGACCAGAGAACAGCAGCAGCAGCAACAGCAACAGCAGCAACCGCGAAACGGGAGAUCUUCCAGUGACCAGAGGGAAUCAAAUAUCUACCAGCUCUGUGUCUGUGCCAGCGGCAAGUUGUUUCUCGCGAGACCAGAAGGUGUCUGCCAAGCAGACAAAACCGUCUGCUAAUGUCGACUGAAGCGAUCCCUCGGGGAAUUUAUUGUUUGUUAUUUAUUUUUCUCGGGGGAGCGCGCCACUUCGCUAACUAAAAACUCAUCGUUUUGUAUGCAUAACGAUACUCUGAUGGAAAAAUAAAUCCUUGAUGAUUUAAUAUCUUCAAUAAUAUAUCGUCUUUUAGAUUUUGCUAACAACAAACAAACAAACAUACAAACAAACAAGUAAAUAAACAACACAAACUGUUGGUCUAAGAGAUUAUUAUUUAUAAAUCAAUAAGUGUUUUGAUACACAACUGUAAAUUUUAAACAAAUAAUAUUUAAUGACGAAUGAACAUUAGUAUAAAUAAAUUAAUUUAAUUAAGUAAUAAUAUAUAAAUAAGAAAUAUAUAUAUAUAUAUAUAAAUAUAAUAAUAAUAACAAUAUUAAUAAUAAUAUCUUGGAGACAUAUCUGAGCACUGAGUGCUCACGUUUAAUGCCGUUAUGGCACCGAGCCUACCCCACGAUGUAUAUCUUGUAUAUCAAUAAA